AUGGAUUGCUCCUUUUCUUCGUACAAUCAUGGUCACUACACACGUAGACCAAGGCAGAUUUCUGAGGAAGUGGUAGAGCCGUCUCCCGUGAUUCACAUAAGGGGUUUACCAGAACACACAUUGGAGAUAGAUCUUCUUAAAAUUUUUGAGCAGAAUGGUUCUGUCCGUGAUGUAGCUAUGAUGCCGCAAAAAAGACAGGCGCUAGUCGAAUUCCUGGAUAUCGACGUGGCCCGGCGAGUCGUUGAGCGUGGUUCUUCAGAUGAAGCGGGGGAGUCAUCGGAAAACCACGUACUACUGUAUACUGUUUAUAAUGCACAAUAUCCCAUAACAAUUGAUCUAAUUCAUCAAAUAAGUUCUCCCUUCGGUAAAAUUCUUCGCAUCGUUAUCUUCCGCAAAUCACAAGUCCAAGCUAUGGUUGAAUUUAGAAGUGUCAAUGAAGCCCGUCUGGCGAAAAGGAACUUGAGCGGGGCUGAUAUCUAUACCGGUUGUUGCACACUUAAAGUGGAUUAUGCAAGACCAGUAAAACUCACCGUCACCAAGAACGAUAAGGAUUCUUGGGAUUUUGAGAUGGCAACGCAGCACAAUUUACUAAGAUCUAUAGCUCUCCAAGGUCGUUAUGAUGGAAAUCCCUGUUUUCAACCUGAUUCCAAUUAUGUAGAUAACCCUUCGCUUUAUCCACAAGCUCAAUUACUUCAGAACCGCUCACUCAUGUAUUCACCCCAAGCAUUCAACGGUACAGGACAACCGGCACGUUCCAACACUUCAGUGGCGAUGAUAUACAACUUGAAUAUGGAACACGUGAACUGUGACAGACUUUUCAAUGUGGUCUGUUUGUACGGGAAUGUAAUUCGUAUCAAAUUCCUCCGUUCCAACGAAGGUGCUGCCAUGGUGCAAAUGGGUGAACCAGUGGCCGUGGAUGACCUGAUUGACAAUCUGUCAGGAGCGGUGGUUUUGGAGGUCUCACAACCGUACAGUUUGCCCGAUGGUUCGCCUUCAUUCAAGGAUUUUUCUCGAUGCCGCAACAACCGAUAUAGCAAUGCAACCUUAGCGAGUAAGAACAGAAAAUUUCGGCCAUCUCAAGCACUGCACUAUUGGAAUUGUCCGCCGAACAUCGGACUUCCGGAAAUGCAGAAUCUGUUCCGUAGUGCUGGUGCACCUAUUCCCACUUCGGAGGCAGAUGCCCUCACCGCUCUUUUAUUUUGCAACCAUGCAGAGGCUACCAAUUUAGAGGAUGGGCUGCCGUUCAUUCUGAAGUUUUCGUUUGCAAGCUCAACCAUCCGGGACUUCAACCAACCAACUUUGAAAAACGAAACAGCAAACCAAAUAAUGACCACAGUUGGUGGUGUGUGA